AUGGGUCAAACACUUUCAGAACCUGUCAAAGAAAAACAUUCAGACAGAGGCUCCGACAAACGUAUUGUCUAUGCCUCUUCAGCAAUGCAAGGCUGGCGUAUUAGUAUGGAAGAUGCACAUACUGCCGAGUUAACACUCAAAGAUAAAAAUGGUUAUAGCUUUUUUGGUGUUUAUGAUGGUCAUGGUGGACAAAAUGUCGCCAAAUAUAGUGGAGCUCACCUUCAUGAACGAAUUGCUAGAGACCCACAAUUUUCUAGUAACCUUGAAGAUGCUAUAAAAAAUGGUUUCUUAGGAACCGAUGAGGAUUUAAAAAAUGACCCACAAUAUGCUAAUGAUCCCUCCGGUUGUACCGCUGUUACGGCUGUGGUGACUCCUGAUGAUUGGAUUUUUGUUGGCAAUGCUGGUGAUUCAAGAGCAGUUAUGAGCAAAGAUGGAGAUGCAUUACCAAUGUCAAUUGAUCAUAAACCUCUUAAUAAAGAAGAAUCCUCUCGCAUUCAGAAAGCCGGUGGAUUUGUUGAAUUUGGGCGUGUGAAUGGUAAUUUGGCCUUGUCGCGUGCUAUUGGUGACUUUGAAUUCAAGCAAAACCCAAACUUAUCGCCAGAAGAACAAAUUGUAACAGAGCUGAUUAUACGAGAGAAAACAGAGUUCUUAGUUUUAGCUUGUGAUGGUAUAUGGGAUUGUCUUUCUUCACAACAAGUGGUUAAUUUUAUUCGCCGAGAUAUCGCCCAAUCAAAAAGUCUUCAAACAGCUUGUGAGAAUUUGAUGGAAAGAUGCUUGGCUAAAGAUAGUGAGCUUGGUGGUAUUGGGUGUGAUAAUAUGACUGUUAUCAUUGUCGGUUUUCUCAAUGGUAAAAACGAAAAUGACUGGUAUGAUUGGAUGGCUUCAAGAUAUGGAAAUGUAGGACCAAUACCUUCAGAACAAGCAGAUGAAUAUCUACCUGACGAUAACGAUCUUGAAAAUCAAAAUGAACUAACCAUUGACGAUAUUCCGCAUCGGAGAGAAAGCACUGACAGUGAUAUUUCAAGUCGUAGCAACAGCACCGAUAGUGUCAGCAAGAUUUCACCAACUGAAGAAGCUGUUAAUUCUGUUAGUUCUGAUGGUAAAGAAACGGGAAAAAAUCCAUACAAUAGCAAAACUUGGCCUGGUUCCAAAAAGUAA